AUGUCAUAUUCCCAAGCAAUUAGUUCACUUUCCAUGCAUCUUGCGGCGGCCAUGGCUCUUCUUGUAUUGGCCUCCUCUUCCUGUUCUACUGUUGCUUCUCCGUCCAAAGAUGAACCAGCGGCUCUGUUGAGAUGGAAAGCCAGCCUUCAAAACCAAAGCCAAUCUCUGCUGCCAUCAUGGGACGUUGGAAGCAACCAUUCUUAUUGUAAUUGGACUGGAAUUGCUUGCGACAACACUAGCAGCAUCACCCACAUUAUCCUUAACAGCGUAGGCUUGAUAGGUACACUUUUAAGUUUUAGCUUCUCCUCCUUCCCCCAUCUUAUCCGAUUUGAGCUUUAUAACAACUCAUUCCACGGGUCUAUUCCUGCACAGAUUGGUAAUCUUUCGAGACUCUACUAUAUUGACUUUUCCUCAAAUCAUUUUAUUGGAAAAGUUCCAUCACAAUUAGGGAGCUUACGAAACCUACAAUGUCUCUAUCUCGGUAAAAACAACUUUUCAGGAUCAAUUCCUCAAGAACUUGGGAUGCUGACUUUGGUUUGGGAUCUUCAGCUCUCAGAAAACAAUCUCACAGGUCCAAUUCCGACUUCAAUUUGGAAUUUAACAAACCUAGUCGGUUUAAAACUUCAUUAUAAUCAUCUUUCAAGUUCAAUCCCAACUUCGAUUGGGAAUUUAACCAACUUAACAAUUCUAUACCUUUUCAGCAAC